UCUCCUGCUUGCCUUAAACCCCUCUGUGUUGUAUCCCACCACCCCUGCCUCCCUCCUCUGUCUCGUGGCCAUGCUCGAGCGUCUGUCCCGCCGUUCUCGAUCCGUUCUUUCCCUGACAUUAACCUCUUUGGCUCUGACCCUCUCCAUCCUGGCUCUCUGCACCUCAUAUUGGUGUGAGGGCACUCACAAGGUGGUCAAGCCUCUCUGCCUGUCGCCUGUCAAAAUGAAGAACUGUGGUCAGAACAACAGUGAGCCUUACACAACAGAGAGCCCCACGCAAAACCCUUUCAACCGCACACUGUCUCCAGACAGAAGAGAAGAGCUAGCCAAGAUCAGACAAAGGCAGCUGGCCAAUGCAGUACACUACAUCUGGGAGACAGGAGAGGACAAGUUUGCCUUCAGAUACUUCCAUACUGGCUUCUGGGAAAGCUGUGAGAAGCAGAAUGAUGGAGAGGUAUGUCGCAGUUUCAUCGACUUAACUCCAGGGGAAACACAAGGAGUUCUUUGGCUGUCGGUCAUUUCUGAGUUUACAUAUAUUGGCCUGCUGGGGAUGGGCUUCCUACUGAUGUGCCUGGAGGUUAUGUGCUCCCAUAAAGAGAUGCACGCACUAAAAAUCAAUGCCUUCGCUGCAAUUUGUACUGUGCUGUCAGGUCUUCUUGGGAUGGUAGCACAUAUGAUGUUCACUACAGUAUUUCAGAUGACAGUCAUUGUGGGCCCUAAAGACUGGAGGCCUCAGUCCUGGGACUACGGCUGGUCGUUUGCCCUUGCCUGGGUAUCCUUUAGUUGCUGCAUGGGGGCUGCUGUUGUCACACUCAAUUCUUACACAAAGACCAUCAUUGAGAUCCGUCGCAGGCAAAGACUCCGCUUGGACGAAGCAAGAGCCGCCGCUCGGGCCCCACCCUACGACGAGGUGGUUCCAGGAGGAGGGCUGUACUCAGUUAGCGGCCUACUACACUGUCCAGAUGGGAUGAUUGACGUGGCGUGGGCGCCGAAUGGCAGUGUGGUUGGAGUGGGAAACGGGGAUGUACCGACACUGGUUCUAGUGGGAGGCUGUGGCCCAGAGGGGUGUGAGGACUGUGAGCGAGAGAGAGACAAGAUGGGGGAGGCCAUGGAUCGAAUUGAUUCACCCUGUUAGAAGGACAAGUUAUGCACACAAACUAAAAGGGCUAAAACAAACUGCAUCAUUACAGUGAUAAGGGAAGCUGGCGUGUUUUGACUUGUUGUUCUAUUGCUGGUGAAGAUUCUCAGUCGUCCAGGUCAUAGUCAUUCAAAAAGUUAAAAACAAAC